AUGUAGAGGAGGACAGACCAUCCUUCCAAAAGUAAAGCUGGGAAUAGACUCAAGGCGGGCCAGUUCAAGACUCCAGGUUCAGCUCGGGAAGUGGCCAUGCCACCCACUGUGAACCUGUCAGGACUGCAGAGCUUCCCUAUGCUAGAGGACAUCAGCCAUUACAUCAAAGACAUGGGUGCCCAGCUGGUGAAGAAAGUCAGUGCCAUCUUUCAGCUGGACAUCACUAAGGAUGGGAAGACCAUUCUGCAGUGCACCAUUGACCUGAAGAACAGAGCUGGGGACAUGUAUCCAGGACCCGCAGGGCUCCUGGCAGACACUGUCUUCACAAUCCCAGAGUCUGUCUUUAUGGAGUUAGUUUUGGGGAAAAUGAACCUGUAGAAAGCUUUCUUGGCUGGCAUGUUCAAAGUGAGUGGCAAAGUUCUCCUCAGCCAGAAGCUGGAGAGGGUUUUCAAAGAUUGGGCUAAGUUUUAA